UUUUUCAGUGAGAGGAUGCAUCUGCAGCUUUCUAGAGAGAUUAAUUCGGUCAGAUCCGUGAAAGAGAGUGAAGAUACACAGCAACAAAUUAUCAGAGAAACUUUCCAUUUAGUAUCAAAACGUGAUGAAAAUGUCUGUAAUUUCCUAGAAGGAGGACUGUUAAUAGGUGGAUCUGAUAACAAACUAAUUUACCGACACUAUGCCACCUUGUAUUUUGUCUUCUGUGUGGAUUCCUCAGAAAGUGAGCUUGGUAUUUUAGACCUCAUACAAGUAUUUGUGGAAACACUAGACAAAUGUUUUGAAAAUGUCUGUGAGCUGGAUUUAAUCUUCCAUGUAGACAAGGUCCAUAAUAUAUUGGCUGAAAUGGUUAUGGGUGGCAUGGUUUUGGAGACCAAUAUGAAUGAAAUUGUCACUCAGAUUGAUGCUCAAAAUAAACUGGAGAAAUCUGAGGCUGGUUUAGCAGGAGCUCCAGCCCGGGCUGUUUCAGCUGUAAAGAAUAUGAAUCUGCCAGAGAUCCCAAGAAAUAUUAAUAUUGGUGACAUCAGUAUAAAAGUACCAAACCUGCCCACUUUUAAAUAACAUGGCUACUCCAGGUAAUACCAAGGAAGAAAUGGAAUAAAGAUUUACUGCAUAAUUGUUUACUAAAUAAACAUGUCUUACUUUUACUGGAUAAAACUCAAGGUACUGCAUAGACAUAACCUGAAAAAUCAGUGUGUGGAGUUGAAUGUUGCUUUUGUCUUGUUUGUGAAAUUAAAGGAAAGGGGUAGUUCCCAUGUGAUUUCUAAAUUACAUUCCUGUGCCCUUGCAAGGCAUAUCACUGUGUCUCAGCUGCUGCAGUAUUUUGGGGAAGUAUUUAAUAUGUUCUUUACUUUGUAUAACCUAUAAUGCUGAGGUUUUUUGUAUAUUCACCAAAGUCUAUAAUUAGUGUGUUCGUUAACUACUUCUGUUUGUCAUGAUUAUUUAAGACCUAAGUGCAAAUGUUGCAUGAAAACAUUUAGCUCAUGUUUUGUUAAAUAAAAUCAUAACAAACUGGACUUCGAAAUACCUGUUUUUUGAAGUCUACUGUUUGCAAUAAACCACAUUAUUUCCUAUUCAUGGAGCCAAUUGACUAUAUGUUGACAAAUACUGUUGUAGCAGACAUUGAUAUUGUAGUUUAAUCUCUGAAGGGCUUACACAGGGGUAUUAUGCUGAACAUAUUGGCUCUUUACAUUUCUCACAAAAGCUGUUUGUUAUUAUACUGAAGGAAAAACUGCCUUUACCGAAGAUCUGAUUUUUGUUUACGUAUACAUGUUGAUACUUACACAAUCUGAUAGACUUUCACUGAUGGUCUGACUUUGUCUAGGGGAAAAAAUGGGCCCUGUGAUUGCUCUGUCUUGUGAGAAGCACAGAAUGGGCUGAGGACUUUAUAUUUGGGCAGCUCAAACCUGUACAUGAGAGUCUAUCAAAUAAUGUGAUAAAGAAAGGCACUCUGGAAAGAUAAUUGGGGAUACUUUAAUAGGGCCUCUGUGCCUGGUGACAUUGUGAUUCUCUACUUUGAGAAUCAGAUUUAUGAGACACAUAGUAUUGUCAAGAUCUCAGAGAAAUCGAAGUGCUAUCACCUCCGCAUAAGUUGCUCAGCUCUUAAACUCUUCUGUGAUUUAAAAAACAUAAAGGGGGAUAGUGAUUGUUUUUUAUAAUCAUGCUUUUAAGCUCUGUGUGAUGUAUAAGUCUGUUUUAAUGAAUAAUAAAAAUAUCAUUGGGAUA